UCCUUUUUCUUUUCUUUCGCACACACACACACACACACACACACACACACGUAUAUGUGUAUAUAUCUUAUAGUGCGUAAAGUGCGUGUGUAUAUUUUUUGUGUAUCUCUACUCACCUCACGUUCGUACUGAAUAUUAAAAAAUAAUUUUUCGUUUUAUCUAUGGGUAUAAAUUUUCAAAAAUUUCGAAAAGAUUUUACGAUCGAUAAGACAGUGUUUCUGAAGGGAUACUGAAUUAUUACCGGAGAAAGAAAGUCGUGUAUUUUCUCUUCUUUUCUUUUCUUUUCUUUUCUUUUUUAUAUAUAUAUUUUCUUUCCUUUCUUUUUUGCUUUUGGUUUAGAAUCCAUCACAUUACGCUGACACAUAAACGUGCUACAGGUACUCCCAAGUUUUGAUUAUCGGAAAAUUAAAACGUGAGAAGUUGUGUACGAUCAUCGUUUGGAAGGAUAAAAAGUGAAAAAGAAAUUAAUGGAAUGAAUUUCGUCUAAUGCCUGGUUGUCCAUUAAUGGCAUAGAAGCACAUUCUCUUUUCACCCUCCAUUCAUAUUUCCUCUUUCAUCUUUAUCGAGAGGAGGGCGAGCCUAUCGAGUGAGCCCCUAUAAAGCACCCUCGACUCCAUCGUCUUUCAUCGUCAUCGUCACCGUCAUCGUCAUCGACGUCGACGUCGACGUCGACGUCGUCACCAUCGUCGUCACUAUCGUCGUUGAACAAAAGAGCUGCGUCAAGAACAGAAGGCUCAGCUUUGCUGAAUCGUUGCUCUCCUCACCUAAAAGAAACCUGACGAGAGCAUCCAUCGAUACUGCCCUCUUCGUUGUUACAUCGCUUUGUUCUCUUCCUUCUUUCAUCCUCAUCCAUCUCAACUUCCUUUUUAUUUCUUUCUAUACUCAAGAGGAAAGGGAUAAUUACACAUCGAAAAUCAAUUUCGUCCGGACACCAAACCCAACCGGAUUGAAUUUAUUGGCGAAACGAGCGAUUUUUCAGAUUGCUGCGUUUACACGGCAAGCGUGUCCCAUGAAGUCGACGGACGACGUUACGAGAGUAGUCGAGGAGUUGAGGUUCAUACCAAUCGACGCGAGACAAGGAGUUCGUUCGAUGGGCGAAAGGUGAAUAUUGAAGUGAAAGAGAAACGAAGAAACGAGAAAAAAGUGGAAGAGGAAGAGGAAGAAGAAGAGGAAGAAGAAGAAAAAAAAGAGGAAGAAGAAGAAGAAGGAAGAAAAGGAGAGAGAAGAAGAAGAAAAUUCGACAAGAUGUAUAAAAUCUUACGUCGAGGUUCUGGACGUCUAUUCGUCUUAUGCGUUGUCGUACUAUCUCUCCUUCUCUGUCUUUAUUACGUGAAUCAGGCCCAAGCACCGUCCACCGCCUCGUCGGCGGCCAUUUUAAACGAGGAACUUCGAUACGAUCGAAGCUUGACAUCUAUCACACCGGAUUACAGCGAAGUACCAGAUUCUAGGAUAUCAUUGGCCACUUGUCCUGUCACCGAAUCACGACACGCUGACAUCGAUGCACAGCGAGAAUUUGAGAAGUUCGAUUUCCAGCCAUCUUGGAUGCGAAGUCGAGAAUAUUGGGACGAUAGUUUCGAGGCACGUUACGCUGAACUCAGGAAGGAUACCACGAGGCCACCUUUGAAGGUUAUCUUGGUGCCACAUAGUCAUACAGAUCCAGGAUGGCUAAAGACAUUCGAGCAAUAUUUCCACAGUUCGACGAGGAGUAUAUUAAACAACAUGGUCUCGAAAUUACAACAAUGGCCAAACAUGACGUUUAUCUGGAGCGAAGUGUCCUUUUUAUCACUUUGGUGGGACAGUGCUCAUCCUACGAAGAAGGCGGUCAUAAAGAGAUUGGUCAAGGAUGGACGUCUAGAAAUGACUACGGGAGGGUGGGUGAUGACGGACGAGGCAACUUCUCACAUUUAUGCUAUGUUGGAUCAAUUGAUCGAAGGACAUCAAUGGCUGAAGACGAAUCUAGAUGUGACCCCGGAAUCUGGUUGGUCCGUCGAUCCAUUCGGUCAUGGUGGAACGAUUCCUUAUUUCCUAAAAGCUUCUGGAGCAACUGGAACGGUAAUUCAAAGAAUACAUUACGCUUGGAAACAAUGGUUCGCGAAGAAACAGUACGGUGACUUCAUUUGGCUCCAACCAUGGGAUCAGAGUGGUAAUGCCGACAUGUUGACGCACAAUCAACCCUUCGACAUCUACAACAUCAAACAUUCCUGCGGACCGCAUCCACAUGUUUGUCUCAACUUCGAUUUUCGUAAGAUACGAGGCGAAUACACCGAAUAUUCUGUUAGAGCAGUUGAAAUCACACCGAACAACGUCAAACAAAUGGCCGAAUUACUUUUGGAGCAAUAUUCGAGAACUGGUUCUCUCUUCAAUCACAAUGUCGUAUUGAUGCCUCUCGGAGAUGAUUUCAGGUACGAUCAUGCGAUCGAAUGGGACCAGCAGUAUACGAAUUACAAAAUCCUCAUGGAUUACAUAAACAGUCGCAAGGAAGAAUACAACGCCGAGGUAAUCUUUGGUACCCCGAAGGAUUACUUUCAAGAAAUUCAAAAACGCGUAGAAAAAUUUCCCAGCUUGAAGGGAGAUUUCUUCGUCUAUUCGGAUAUUUUCAGCGAGGGUAGACCAGCUUAUUGGAGCGGUUAUUUUACAACAAGACCAUACAUGAAGAUUCUCGAUCGAGAAUUGGAAGCUAAUUUGAGAUCAGCCGAGAUACUUUAUACCAUCGCUUUGAACGUAGCGAAACAAUCGAAAAAGGACAUAAAACUUUACGAGACGUAUUUCGAGAAACUUGUGAAGGCCAGAAGAAAUCUUGGAUUAUUUCAACAUCACGACGCUAUCACGGGAACUUCGAAAUCAUUUGUAAUGAAGGAUUACGCGUUGAAACUCUUUGAAUCAAUCUCCGACACUACCAGCCUGCAGAGUUUCGCGAUUCAAUCGUUAGCCGCUACAACUAACAAACCAAACUCUGUCUACGUCCUGGCGGAAUCUGAUAGAGACAGCUAUGAAAAACUCCCAAAGAAGAUACCCAUCAAUAUGAAUGGCCAAGAGACACGAAAGAUCGUUCUAUUCAAUCCUCUUGCUCAACCAAGACAAGAGGUGAUCAGUCUAAAGGUUACCUCGUACAAGGUACGAGUGUUGGAUCCACAAAAGAACCCGAUACCUUAUCAGAUAGCACCGGUGAUGAACGCUACGAGCAUUACGCACGACGUUUACGUUCUCCUCUUCGUGGCUGAAUUGAAACCGCUUGCGAUAGCAACCUACCAUCUGCAACAAGUGGACAAGGUCCCUAUGGACGCAAUAUCUACGAUCUAUUGCAGUAGAUGCGGUAAGGACAAUGUUUUCACGAUAAAACCAAUGCAGAUUGGGGACGUACAAUUGGAGAAUCAUAGAAUGAAAUUGCUCUUCGAUGGUCAAACCGGUUUUUUGAAACGUGUUGCAAAAAAAUCGACCGGUAAGAUAAUGCAAUGUGCCGUACAGUUUGCUGCUUAUCCAUCUGCACAAUUCCACAGUGGUGCUUACCUAUUCAUGCCGGAUCCGAAUCUACGUGAUACGGACAAGGACGUAUUGGAGGCUUAUACGCCUCAUCAAAAGAUUUAUAUCGUCAGUGGCAGUCUAAGUUCACGUUUGACGGUCGAAUAUGGUAAAUUAUUGACUCAUCAUGUAGCGAUAUAUCACAGAGAUGGUGGCUUGGGCGAAGCAAUAUAUCUCAGAAACAUCGUCGAUUUUGAGACACCACCGAAGAAUCGUGAAACCGAGAUGUUUAUGAGACUUCAAACUGAUAUAAUGAACGGUGAACCACCUGAGAUCUAUACCGAUCUGAAUGGGCAUCAAAUGAUAAAGAGAAGGAAAAUAGAAAGAAUUGGUAUAGAGGGUAAUUAUUACCCUAUAACGACGAUGGCUUACAUCGAGGACACCAAUCACAGAUUGACUCUAUUGGUUAACCAUUGUCAAGGUGCAGCCAGUUAUCAGCCAGGAUGGCUCGAGGUUAUGCUGGAUAGAAGGACACUCUAUGAUGACUCUAGAGGGAUGGGCGAGGGCCUUUUGGACAAUAGAAGAACUGUAAUAAAGCAUUGGUUGUUACUCGAGGAUGUUGUGGGUGCUAGGGAUAAGUACUCGAAGCCAUCUCUAUUUGCCAAUCAUCUUAGCAAUGCCUUGAACUAUCCUGUAAAUAUCUUCGUAGUCGAUGGUACCGAAUCAGAGAUCGUCAUGACGCCAGAAGUUAGGCUUCUUAGCCAGAGUUUCCCUUGUGAUCUUCACUUACUCAACUUGAGGACAAAUCAUGAUCAAAAACUACCACAUUUUCCAGUUAAUAACGCUCUUAUGGUUUUGCAUAGACAAGGUUACAGCUGUUCGGUUGGCGCUGACAUAACCCUAAAACAUUGUCCUUUGAGCGAACGAUUAUCGCAAAGCACGACGUUCUUCAAGUUGUCUAAAUUGAAUGUCACGAAAACGUCUCUGACAGGUACAAAAACAAAACGUCAUUUGACGGACGGUCUUCAAGAAAUUGGAUUGGAGCCAAUGGAGGUUGAAACGUUCAAUGUUAAUUUCCUUCAAUGAUCUUAAGCCUCCCUCUCGGUUCAAUAUAUGAAAAUGGUCAUAAAAUAUUUUGUUAGAACCGAGGAAGGACUAUAAAGAAUUGGUCUCUUGUUUUUUUUUUUUUUUUUUCUUAUUUCUUUUUUUCAAAGAGAACACUGCCGAUCAUUCGUUACUGGCUAAUAUCAUUCGUCUAAUCGACGAAAAUUUUUGUAAAUAUAACCUUAUUACGCACCAAAUAUUCGUCAUUUGCGAAUUAAAAACGUGCGCCUUAAUGAAUACGAUCAAUCGAACGUUGUUUUCCGAUCGAUCUAAUACAUUUUCGGAUAGAAAUAAAAUAUUCAUAUAUUAUUCGAGAAUCAACACCGAUUAUGUUUCUUCCGCAAAUGUACGUUGAUCGAUUUAGCGAUUGUUCAAAUUUAUUCAAACGGGAGAUCGUUUGUUGAAAAUGGAUUUAAUGUUUUCGAUAUUAUAAACGCGAAAAUCAAUAUCAAAUUUAAUGAUAACGAAUUUAACAACACCUUUUCGAUACACCUUCAAAACUUUUACAUUGUACUUAUAGAUUUUUAAUUUUUAUUUAAAAAAAAAAAAAAAAAAGGAGAAGAAAAAAGAAAAUUGGGUCGGUCUAUUGUCGCUCGAAGAUAUAAAGAACUCUACCUUAUCGAUAAAUCUAAAAAGAUACGGAUAAUAGCAUAAAAUUCGAAGGAACAUUUUCAAACGAUUGACAAUAUUUAUUUAUUUUAUCUUGCAUUUUCAUUGCCGAAGAGAACAUGGAUGAUCCUGAGUAAAAAAAAGAAGAAAAAAAAAAGAAAAGAAAAAAAAGUAAAGAGAGAAAGGGGAAGUGGCGAGAAGAGAAAGUAUACUGACUUUAAAUAUGACGUAUACGUUUUCGACGAGUUUCUUUAACUUUUUAUCGAAGUCAAUACAUAAGAUUCUCAUCAAUCGUAAAAUUGGGAAUGUCGAUAAAUACGAAAAAGAAUCGUCGGGAAACGAAAAAUAUAGAGACAUUGUACAUAUCAAGCCAUAAACUUUACCGUAGAUCGUAUAUUACGAUAAGAAAAUAAUGUAAAUGAUAUGCACCUAUUUUCUUAUGCCAAACGUUUUAUCGCCAACUCUGUCCCUUUCUCUCUAUUGUGCUCGCGUGCGGUUUUUUGUUCUCUCUCUCUCUCUCUCUCUCUCUCUCUCUUUUUCUCUAUCUAUCUCUCGUCGAAAAAAUAAUCUCUUGACUAUGUCGAAUCGAAUGUUCUUCCGAAAAAUAUAGUAUGUACAUAUGUAUAUACAAACAUACAUAUGUACGUACUUCUUUCAAAUGUGAUACAUGUUAUUUCUCGAUUUUUUAGUUCAUUGAUAUUUCGACAAAAAAAAAAACCUCCGAAAAAUUCGAAACCAAAAUUUGAUUUUUGGCAAAAAAGAAAAAAAAUAUCUAUAUAUAUAUAUAUACACAUAUUUGAAUGAUCUCCAUAUAUAUGUAUAUAUCUGUAGAUCAUUCAAAUUUUACAUAGAAAAAGAAUUUCUAAUUGGAAUGUACUCAAUUAGAGCGUUUUGAAAUUCUUCCAAUGUUAAACCUCAAAAUGAAUUCAAUUGAAUUCAAUGAAGCGAUCAAGUGGAUAUGACGUUACUUUUAUAUAUAUGUAUAUUAUUUUGUUUUUUUUUUUAUUUUUUAUUUUUUGAAAAGAUAUAAACGAAAAAUCGAACGUAGCCGACGUUCACCGAUCAGACGACGAAGCUCAUGUAAAUAUUAGAAUAAUUAACAAUAACGUCGUACAUUCCUGGUGAAUUUAAUGUCGAGCUAAUUGAAAUCGAAAUUGAAAUUACCAAUUGUAACGAAUAUCUUUCUAUUACUUUUAUAUAUAUUUAAAAAUGAUUUAAAAGAUAUUUUUAAUGAUUUUAUUCCUUUUUCUUUGUAUUCAUUACAACGUCAUUAAGCAAAGAUCAACUUCGCGAACGUCUUCGACAAGUGCUUUUAAGUACAAUCCGAAUAGCAAAGAAAUAAAUAUUCAAAUCUCGAUGAAAUUUCUUCCACUUUACGGUGCGAUAUGUUGAACUUAAAA